AUGGCGAGUUUUCUGAACGCGAACCUGCCGUCUUCUGAUGAAGAAGAUGACGAGUAUGACCCCACGAAAGACCCAACCGGCGAGAAAGAGGAUGGACCGCAGCAGAGGCGCAAGCGCAGCCGGAGAGGGGCGGCCGUGGCCAACGGUGGCGGCAGCGACGAUGACGAGGACAACGGCCAGCCAAACGCGCUAGCAGCCGGCGAGACGCGCACCCAGCAGGUGAAGAAGGCCAAGGCAGCGGCGCUGUUCGAGCAGCUGCAAGCCGGCAUCAACGGGACCAAAGGCGGCGGGGCGGGCCCGGCAGCGGCGGCAGGGGCGGCGGCGGACGGCGGCAAUAGACCUGGGGGCGGCGGCGGUGGCGGCAUCAGGGCGUUUGAUCUGGCGGCCCUCUGCCGGCCAACAGGGCAGCAGCAACAGAAGAAGAGGCGUGCCAGCGGCGAUGAGGUCGCAGCAAGCUAA